AUGUCCGUACUGUCUUCCCAAAGUCCCAAAUCGGCUCACUAUAACCAAGCUCUCACCAGCGCACUCCUCUCUGGAGCAUGGAGUGACUCAAAACCUGGGUCUACUCCCAAUGGCACAGAGCUCACUUGGGCAGAGCUGGUUAGAAAGUGGGGAAAACAUACAGGUGGUAAUACAACUUUGGUCAACCAUCUACGAGACAUUUCUCUCCUCUACUUAUCAUCCGCAUCCCACUCCUCGUCCUCAGGUCACGUCACCGCUAACUCCUCUCUUCCACCUGCCCAGUCUUUAUCUGUGCCCGAUACGAACGGCUCGCCUCAAUCUUCUGCCGACGCAGCUUCGAAUAGGACUGCGGCGUCUCAUUCGUCGUCCUUCAUACACGUGCCAUUACCCGGCCGAAGACCUAAAACAUCGUUGGAUGGGACCGUCAGUCAGAUUAUCCCAUCAACUUCGGGAAGUACUAUACGACCGCAAAAUGUCACUCGGGCUGCGUAUUUAAGCACUCGAGAUCUGGACGGGGAUGACGAUGGCGCCACGGAAGCUUGGGCGGAAGGGUCGAAAUGGUGGAGAGGUGUUGCGCUGGAAGAGGUGGAUGAUGCUAGAGACGGAAUGAAGAGCGUGGAGGGACUGAUGGCCAGUGGAACCCUGAAGCUUGAAGAGACGCAGUCCGCGCGAUUGACCCAUCUGUACCACCUCCACGCCCUCGGGCUACAUACUGAGGUUAUCCGACUGGGCCGGCAAAUGGACUGGGAAAAUCCACAAACAGGUUCUGUAGAAGGUGAUGCUUCAGUGUUGGAACGAUUAAGGGCCAGAACCCUCUUUGGUAUGAGUGCUGAACUCAUUCCGGAGCCUGAUUAUGACCUCGCUUUUGAAUCCUAUCUAUCUGUCAUCCCUCUCUUGAAGCUCUUCAAACAGUACAACCCCCCUUUCCCUACUUACUUGUCUACACCCAAAACCCAAAACACCGCACUACCUUUUGACCGCUAUCGCGAAGUAUUUCGCUUCAUCUCUACUGCCCUCACCCGCGCCGCUAUCAUUACCUCGCGUGCCAAUCGUCCCAUCAUCAACAUCCUCCGUAUCGUCCGCACAUAUCACGCCCUUAGCUCAUCAUGGCCUCCUGCAUUCCGGCCAGUUCAGCGACAACGAAUGCUUCUUCUUUAUCUCAGAGCUCUUCAUGCCGGAUAUCCUCCAUCAGGGGCGUCUCCUCUACCUGCCCGUAUGGUAUGGCGCAAAGAGGUCAUCGAAGCAAUGCGCACUGGUCGACAACUAUUAGCAACCACCACCACAUUUCCACGAGCUGGUUCCGUCAACGCUCCUGUCACAGCUUUCACCGACCUAUGUGUAGCACUGUACGACACGUGUCCCUUGCUGGUGAAGGAAGUUCUGGGUGUCCUAUGGUGGUCUAUGACCUACACUUUCCAAUCCCAAUCCGUUCUUCGUCAUCUAACCCGUCUUCUGGCGGCCUCGGGAGAUGCGACCGAUGCACGGAGAACAUUCGAAUUGUAUGUCGGUCUUGUGCUGAAAUCCCGUCAGACGGCACAACCAGAAGUUUCACUCCAGCUCAAGCGUCGCCCCACAGAGGAUAUGCCAGCAAGUCCUUCUGAUAUUGCGCUUCAGGCUGGACAGGCAGCAGAUGGGGAUGGACCCAUGAGUGAAGAGAGGAAGAACCAAACGGCCGAAGCGGAAUCGGACGGUGAUGAGGAUUUCGUGGAGGCUCUCUUAGUCGGUGCACGCGUUUUGUUGAAAGACCUGGGAGACGCGGAGGAAGCCUGGCGCUACGUGAAUCUGGCGGGAGAUGUGGUGAUUAACGGUGAUAAGCAAGGGCAAGGGUGCAGGGGUAAUUUGAAGGCCGAGGUUGAAGAGUGUAAGGGCAUUGUGAGGAUGGCCAUGGCCAUGCAAGCUCAAGCCAUCAACCAUCUUACCGCUGCUACAUCUCUCAACCCUAAAUCAGCCUCUGUAUUCUAUCACCUUGCAUAUUGUCAAGCAGAGUCCCGGUCUAUCAACUCCGCCACGGAAUCUGUGGGACAAGCCCUGGAACUUGACCCGCGAAAUCUCCAAGCUUGGCAUCUUCUUGCCCUACUUCUCACCGCCGCUGCUGAUUGGUCCGGAGCUAUGAAAGCUUGCGAAGCUGGUGUGACAGUUUGGGAAGAUGAUGAAGCAUCUUCCAAUCAAGAUGAUCUCCUUGAUCCUACUGGCCCCCCUGGAAACCCAGAUGACGGAGAUCCGAUGAUCGAAUCCAAAGAUUUCGCCGUCACCCCUGCCGUUUCUUCACCUUUGACAUCUUCCUCUGCAAUCCUUCUCUCCACCUCUGGAACACUCCGACCUCCUGAUCGUAGGUUCAAACCCCCCGUACCCAGAUGGAAGAAACUCGACAAUGUAAUACGUCUCAGAAUGACUCUCAACAUCAUCGUGGAAAAGAUGCAAGGACCCGAAGUGGCCAUGUUGAAACAUCAAGAGCUCUUCGCCUUUUUCUCUUUGCGUAGUGGACGUCAUCGUCAGAACUUCGGUUAUCAGCGAAACGGGCUUCAGAACGUCAAUUCCGCUACCAGCGUUAGAGAUUUAGGGGGAUCUUACGUAUCUAUAAAAUUCCCCACUCAACCAUCGACACUUGUUUCUAGUCCCACCUCUGCCCAAUAUCCAGUGGUCGAGGGACCCGGUGUGGCGGUCAUUCCACCUUCUCCUGCGGAUGAAGAUCAAGGUAGACUAUCGAAUGAAGUCGGAGAAGCUCCAGCGUUGAUGGUGUCGUCAGCUCAUACUUCACCUGGAGACUCCACUACAAACUCGGAGAAUGAUGCUGAUGAAGGGGGCACCUUGAGGAUAGGUGAGAAGAAAAGUGGACGAAAGAGUUUCACGGGAGUUGAGCCCACUUUUCUGACUUACUCUCUGAUCACGUUCGAGUGGUUGUUACUUGCCACAUCAGGUGCUGACCGACCAGAUACCGACAUUCAAAGAUCCCGAAUCUCAUCCGUCUCAUCUAUUGCCCUUUCUCUCGCACCCACAGCGGUUCAUUCUCAUUACCGAAACCGACCCUCUCCUUCCCGCCCAUCCCCUCCUCCUCUCCCCUCCUCUAAUCCCGCUCAAUCUGACAAUCUCACACCACUAGAAUCCCGCGUCUUGUCCAAUCUAUGGCUCAUGUCCGCUUCUACUUUCCGCCGUUGGGGAAAAUCAGAACAAGCUUUGGUAUCUAUACAAGAGGCCGAAUCCCUCGAUCCUGAGAACCCAGACGUUUGGGUCCAAUUAGGAACCCACCAUGUCGUUUUGAACAACUUCGAAGCGGCUUUACCCGCAUACACCAAAUCCAUCCUUUUGAGACCGGACCAUCCCGCUGGGAUAGUAGUCUUGGCCAAAUUGUAUCUGUCAACUGGACAGGUAGAUCUUGCUCAUACAUUGUUAAAUCAAUUGACACAAGAUACGGGGUGGGACGUUCCGGAAGCUUGGUUUUAUCUAGGGAAAGUGUGUGAAGCUCAAGGAAGGAUGGGAAGGAGUAAGGAAUGUUUGGUCUAUGCCUUGGGGUUAGAGGAGAGUAGACCUUGUAGGAGAUGGAGAGAUUCGGUGGAUAGGUGGUUAUAAUGGGCAUAAUGGUCUCCUCGUUACCUGGAACUCAUCCGAGAUACAAGUUCGGGCGGUUUUCUUCUCCGAUUACGGGCAUGGGUCGGAGAUGAUGGAAGGGAGAAGAAGUACGAGUAGGGUUUUAUGAUAAAAUGUAAUCGCAUAUUAGCAUCAUAGUCGUUAUAGAUGUUCAAGAUGUAACGCCUUAUGGAUUG